AUGGUCGCGGUUACUACGUCGAAGGACACUCGGAAGCGCAAGCAGGCACCUCAAGAAGAGGUCACGAACGAACGAAAUGGACUCAACGGCGCCUCAAAUCUUGAAAUGCACAGCGACGACGAGGAUGGGGAAGAAAUUGGUUCGGACGACGGAGAGGUCGAGGACUUCCCUGAAAUAGACGUUGCGAGCGACAGCGAGGAAGACGAAGAAAGCGAGGAGGACGAAGAAGAGGCGGACGAAAGCGGGGAAGGCGACUCUGACGACUCUGAUCUACACAUAUUUCCCAAACCAAAAACCAUCGUUUCUGACAUUACUGGUCGUCCGAAGCGCGUAUAUCCAGAGAUCGAGCCGGAUUAUGAUUCGGAUUCGUCAACAGAAGAUACACCAAAUCGCGUGGGGGAUGUGCCUAUGCACUGGUACGACGAUCUACCUCAUAUUGGCUACGACAUAAAUGGAAAACAAGUCCUUCGGCCUGCUCGCGGUGAUGAACUAGACAAGUUCUUGAAAACCGUUGAUGAUCCUGAUGCCUGGACGUCUGCAUUCGAUAAAAACAUGCAAGGUGAUAAAGCACUCUCCCCGCAGGAGCUUGAUAUUAUCCGCCGGUUGUAUGAAGGCGAAAACCCUGACGCACAGUACGAUCCAUACGAGCCAACGAUAGAGUGGUUCACUGGCAAGGGAAAGGAAGAAGUCAUGCCACUCUCUGCUGCUCCAGAACCCAAACGCCGUUGGAUCGGUAGCAAGUGGGAGAAAAAGAAGAUUAUGAAAAUCGUCCGAGCCAUCCGCCAAGGACGCAUAAUCCCCAACAAACCAAAAACGAAGGAAUCAAAAUUCCAAUUCUAUUCAAUAUGGUCGGAACCCCCUUCAUCUCAUCCUCCACCUCUACCCGCUCCGAAACCCUCAUUACCCACCAACUCUGAGUCCUACAACCCUCCCGAAGAAUAUCUCCCAACCGAUGCUGAGCGAGCUGAGUGGCAAGCCACUGAUCCAGAAGACAGGGAAAGGAAUUACCUCCCGCAGAAGUAUUCUUCCCUCCGUCUGGUUCCUGGAUACGACCAAUUCAUCAAAGAACGGUUCAAUCGACAGCUCGACCUGUAUCUCGCCCCUCGAAUACAACGCACCAAAAUUAAUAUCGACCCGAAUACAUUGAUCCCCAAACUCCCAAGUCCAAGUAGCUUGAAGCCGUUCCCAACAUACAAAUCUUUGACAUUUACUCACGCCCGUGGACGCGUACGGGCUUUAAGCAUCAGUCCUGAUGGUGCUUGGGCGCUCAGUGGCGACGAAGAUGGAGUCGUCAGUCUAUGGGAAGUCAACGUCGGCAAGGAAAUCAAGCGAUGGAAAUUCGAGAGUAAGAUAGGAUCCCUUGACUGGUGCCCUCGAUCAGACGUCACUUACUUCGUAGUUGGUGUCGAUGAUACACUUCACUUCAUCAUCCCGCCUAAUUUGCCAUCUGCCAUCUUCUCUGCCACUCAAUCGAGUUUAGCACCAGCUACCCUUCCGCCGCCAUCCGCCAUCCCUUCUCCCGUGAAAUGGGUGUCAAACUCAUCCUCGGACCUCAGUAUACUAAAGGUCGAGCUUCCCCCUUCCUCCGGUACGCCGACGCAGAUAACCUGGCAUCGCCGGGGCGACUAUAUGUCCACCGUUUCGAGUGGUGGUGGUGUUUGGAUACAUCAGAUUUCACGUCGGCAUUCCCAAGCCCCUUUCAAGAAGGUCCGAGGGUCUGUGCAGCUUGUGUUAUUCCACCCCACGAAACCUCAUUUCUUUGUUGCUACACAGCAAUAUGUUCGGAUAUACAAUCUCUCCGAACAAAAGCUCUUGAAAACAUUGAUGCCCGGUAUACGAUGGAUAUCAUCAAUGGAUGUGCAUCCAUCUGGGGACCAUCUAAUCGUUGGUGGAUAUGAUCGCAAGCUCUGUUGGUUUGAUCUCGAGCUCAGCGAUAAACCAUACAAAGUCAUGCGGUAUCAUGUCAAAGCUAUACGCUCUCUCCAUUUCCAUCCGACGUAUCCUCUCUUUGCGUCAUCCUCCGAUGAUGGGGCUAUCCAAAUCUUCCAUGCCCGAGUUUACAAUGAUUUGAUGACAGAUCCCUUGAUUGUACCACUGAAGAUACUUCGAGGCCAUACUGUCAAAGACGGUCUGGGUGUACUGCAAGUCAGGUGGUGUAAUCGCCAACCUUGGUUAAUCAGUAGUGGUGCGGAUGGUGCUGUAAACGUAUGGUGCAGCUAA